AUGAUUCGAGACAUCUCCGAGGAUUCCAGUAUGGUCGCGCCCGCUGGCGAACAAUCCUUCCAAAACAGCGCGGAAUUCGAGGCCGAUAAGAUAUCAUCGGAAUACUCGACACGCACCCUCGGCGCCAUACUUCUCUACAGCACAGCAUUUCAGCUUAUUAAUAUUCAUCAAUUCCACGUCUUCCGCCGCAUGGGCCAUAUUCACGGCUUCUUCGAUGGCUACAGGCAUGCCCGCGACAGCGUCCCUGACGUCGGCAUCGCUCAGGUUGCCUCCUUCCUCAUAUUCGCGACCAUCCGCCCUAUCUUCACCGUCUCCCUCGCCUACCAUACUAGCCAUGCGCCCAUUUCUAUGAGAUUCGCUUGGCUGCCUCUAGAGAUUGGAAUUUACGGUAUUAUCCUGGACUUCUGGUACUACUGGUAUCACCGGCUACUGCAUGACGUUGGUCUGCUAUGGAAGUACCACCGUACCCACCAUCUCACUACCCACCCCAAUCCGCUCCUAACGACCUACGGCGACUUCGGGCAGGAAGUAUUUGAUAUUGUCGUUAUUCCGCUGAUGACAUACUUUACAAUGAAGGUUAUGGGUUGA